AUGAUUGUUGCCUAUCUCCUCUUCCCCGCUUUGUGGAUUGGAACUCCAUUAUGCAAAUUCUUAUUGUCGGGAGGCGACAGGUCUGCCGAGACAGAUUCUAAUUUAGGGGAUGCAGAUGAUGAGAUUGACAAUUUCCCCAGUGUUGAGGCUGUCGAUACCGAGGUGGACUCUAAGGAACUCCCCUCAUCUUCCUCUCAUGUACCUCCUAGUGCUGACAAGGGUAAGGGCAAGGUGAGUGAGGUUGGGAUUCCUGAUAGUACAGCAGGUAUGGAGGCUGCCUUCAGGCAUGCUGCGCUUGUAGGUCCCAAUGGGGUGGAUCCUAUUCUCAUGGAAGCUCUUAGUGCUCGUUUUGAUUUUUAUUAUAGUGUUCAUCCCUAG